AUACAUAUCUAAUUUGUUUACUUCUUUCUUUCAGAUCACCGCCAUUUUAUUGGUUAUGGUUGGUUCAACCAUUCAGGCAAUAUUUGGUGAUUUUCGACAAUUCGUAGACGAUCAUUUCCUUUCGCCACCAGCUCUUCUAAUAGCUAUUGGUUUCAUUUUGAUUUUUGUAGCCACAUUGGGGGCUUAUGGUGCCAUCAAGGAGAGUGUAAUGCUUAUUAAUUUGUAUGGUGUUUGUUUGUUGGUCUUUAUUUUGGAAGUCUCCGCCUCUAUUGCUGCCUUCGUUAUGCAAGGACAAGUACGUGAAAUGUUAGUGCGCACCCUUAAUCAAUCUAUGGCCGAUUAUGAGAAUAAUGAUUAUAUUCGGACUGGUGUGGAUUUCAUGCAAAGUGGUUUAGAGUGCUGCGGUGUUGAUGGUCCCAAGGAUUGGGCUAAAUAUAUGAAUCAGACCAGCAAUAAUGUGGAGGAUGAAGUUUCGGUACCUUAUUCCUGCUGCGGUCGCUUCAAUAUGCAAGAUAGUACCAAGUGUGAUUUACAAUACGAGAAUGGUUGUUUUGGUCGCAUGGAUUUCAUUAUUUCUCAAAGUACCAUGUUGAUCGCUACGGGUGCUACGACUGUGGCUUUUGUACAGCUUUUGGGUGCCAUUUGCGCCUUCAUGCUGGCCAAGACCUUGAGACGUAACAAGUCCAUACGCGAAGCUCGUCGCUGGCAAUUGCAACAAAGUUUGGGUGUUUUAAUAUCCGGUGGUAAGAUGGCUCCACCCAUGAACUCUCCCAUGAGCGGUUAUACCCAAUUGGAGAAAUCGGAGAAAUUCUUGGAAAAUGAUCCUAUGACCUAUACACCCAACAGUCCCAGUGUUAUAAAUUAAAAAAAAAAAAAACUUAAAUCACAAUUUCAAAUCAAAUUUCAAUAUUUUAAUUUUUAAUAAUUAUUUUUAAAAUAAUAUUUUAACAAUAAAUUGUAUUAUAAACAUUAA